ACUUGUCCACUGUGCCAAGCUAACGACACAUUGGGAAGCAAAUGGAACAUUAGACCAUUACAUGGCUGUCGUUUGCUCCCUGUGACACUAGAAAUGGUCGUUCCCAUAUUCCUUCUGAUAAAUUGACAGGAGGAAACAGCACAGAAGUCCACUCCAAAGCUUCCCUUUAUUGGAUGUGUUUUCAUUGUACCAGACAGGUGUUUUUGUGUCAAGUUCCAGGAGCAGCUGGAGCAGAGAGAGGGAAAACCUGCCCGGAUCCACUAUUGACCUCCAUCUCCGGACACACACAGCCUUUGUCAUCAGCCCUCAAAAGAUGACGGAGGCCAUGUUUGGGACAGGGAACGAUCAGUGGGUCUGUCCCAACGACCGGCAGCUGGCCCUUCGAGCCAAGCUGCAGACAGGCUGGUCUGUCCACACCUUCUGUACAGACCGACAGAGGAAGAGACAGAUGCUGGAGCAGCAGGAGAUGGAGAACAUCCUUAGUGUCAUCCGCAGGGCGGAGGAACUGGAACAGAUUGAACAGCUCCGCAUCGGAAGGCUGGUGGAGCGUCUGGACAACAUGAGGAAAAGUGCGAUGGGAAACGGCCAGUCCCAGUGCCUGCUGUGUGGGGAGGUCCUGGGCCUCCUUGGAACCCCCUCCGUCUUCUGUCAGGACUGCUGCAAGAAAGUGUGCACCAAGUGUGGCAUAGAGCCCCAGUGCAGUCAGAAGAGAACUCAGUGGCUGUGCAAGAUCUGCAGUGAACACAGAGAGGUGUGGAAGCGCUCUGGAGCCUGGUUCUACAAGUUCAUGCCCAAGUAUGUGUACCCUGGGAAGGAGGGGCCGAGUGGUGCUCCUCUGGGACUGCGAGGAGCCAAUGGAGGAGGGCAGAAGAUGGCCAGGAGUUCCACUGUCAGCCGCACCUACACAUGGGCACACAGCAAAGUGGUGUCUAGUGGCAGCGACAGUGAGUCGGACCACAGUGAGGGAAGCGUGAAGAGCAAGGUGUCCAGCCAGGGUCUCCCUGAGGGCAAGCAGCGUACUGACUCAGUGUUCAGUGGGGGGUGGAUUGGGACCCCCACAGGGCUGGGUUGGGGACCACAGGGCAGCCUGCUGUCAGAGAGCCGCUCCAGCCUAACCAGCAAGCCCCCCCACAGCACCGCUCCCCCUGAGGACUACGACACAGACCACAGCUUCCCCUCCCCCAGUGAGUACACCCAGAACUCAACAUUAUCUAUGUGGCUCCAAUGGCUCAGUCGGUUAGACAGAGCAUGGUCAGGGUUGUGGAAUAUGUACUGCAUUGGCCAUAUAGGUGUGACUUUCAAUGUGGCCUUGGAUAAAAGUCCCAUAUUAUACCCAGAGUGUGUUCUAAUCCAUCAAACCCCUCCCUUCCCCCUGUUCUUGUUGACUACUUUCAACGGACCUGACAGGACGAGCUAG